UCGGUUUAAUUGGGGACGAAAAAAAGGCCGGGUCGAGACGAGAAUUGGGGGAAGGCCACCAGCGCCGUUCCGAUUCACCUCAAGCGUCGUUGUGCCCUACGAGAACGCCAGAAGACUUCGCCGGCGGCCGGCGUCCUACGUCCGGUGAUGAGAGCGAUGGAGGACGGCACGGCCCCUCGCGAGCGACCUCCUGCUCAACAUCGCCCUUUGUUGGAUCACCGGAAGCGGAAGCACCAAGCCGAAGGCGGCCGCAGCGACCCUGCCCACAAUGCCAAGCAGCGGCGAACUGGCGGCCGUCCCGACGAUGGGGCUCGCCAAUGGGUCUUCUCCUCUCGAGACUUAUCCUCUUUCAAGGAGAGGUUUGUAAUUGUUUCCUACAAUAUAUUGGGAGUUGAAAAUGCUUUGAAACAUUUGGAUUUAUAUGAUUCGAUUCCUUCAGAAUGUUUAAGUUGGGACUUGCGGAAAAGCCGAAUGCAUAAGGAAUUAAGAUCAUAUAACCCAAGCAUUUUGUGCUUCCAGGAGGUUGACAAAUUUGAUGAUUUGGCUGAUCUUUUUCGGGAGGAUGGCUAUACUGGUAUCUAUAAGCAAAGAACUGGGGAAGCAACUGAUGGUUGUGCUAUUUUUUGGAAGGAGAAAGAAUUUACUCUUUUGUACCAAGAAGACAUAGAAUUCCAAAAGUUUGGUCUUCGGAACAAUGUCGCACAACUUUGCCUUUUAAAGGUAUCUCUCAAUCAAUCAAACGAUCGGGUGGAUAAAGAUGCAGGUUCUGAAAUUGAGCCAGUGUCUUGUCGGACUUUACUUGUUGGCAACAUCCAUGUCUUAUUCAAUCCAAAUCGUGGCGAUAUCAAGUUGGGACAGAUGCGGGUGUUACUAGAGAGAGCAAAUACAUUGUCAAAACAGUAUGGCAACACUCCUGUUGUAAUUUCUGGUGACUUGAAUAGCACGCCAAAGAGUGCAAUAUGCCAGUUCUUAACUUCGAAUGAGCUAGACAUUCUUCAAUAUGAUCGGAAGAAGAUCUCUGGACAAAUUGAAUAUCCAGUAAGACAGAUGACCUAUGCUAUUCAGCAUGAUCGAUUCAGGUGCAUGGCAAGUCAGCAGAAGUUUAGAUGGAGUGAAGAAGAAGUCUGCCUUGCAUCUGGAAGGAGAGGAUGCACGCGUUUGCAGAACCCGCUAACCCUUUCCAGUGCAUAUCGAGGGGUUCCUGGUAAUCUCCACACAAGAGAUGAAAAUGGCGAACCUUUGGCUACUUCUUGUCACUCCAAGUUCAUGGGAACUGUUGACUACAUCUGGCAUUCUUCUGCACUAGUUCCUGUUGGGGUGGUUGAUACCUUACCAAUCAAAGUUUUACGAAGACUGAGAGGUCUUCCUAGUAAGAAAUGGGGUAGUGAUCAUCUUGCUUUGGUGUGUAAAUUUGCUUUCAUCGAUGAUGAGGCCAACGCUGCUAGUACUAUGGACAAUCAUUAGCUUAAGAUUGAUUGGUGCACUAGAUACUUGCUGGCUUCUCAUUUUCACAGUGUUGGCUGUCGUUGAGUCAGGUUUUGUGUGUACUUGUUAAGAUCUCCAAUUUUGACAUUUUUAGAUAAUGUCACCCUUUUUUUUUUUUUUGCCUUUUGACCUCAACUCGCACUACCACGCCUCUGAAGGGGUGGGGUGAUGUUGUACCAGGAUGGGAGCGGAAAUGUCGAAAGGAUUAGGAACAGCAGGGAAGAAAAUACAAGGAGAGGGGAGUGGAAACCUUUCCGUACCGAAAAGGCUCCUCCUACCUAUGUGGAGUCUGCAUAGAAGCCUUACCUGUUUCUGUGACUUGAAUUUGGACUCUCAGUAGCACGAGACUCCUAGAUCAACAUUAUCAUCGUAUCAAAGUCUAGAUUUAAUUGCUCAUAAAAUAAAGUUAGAUAUAGAUUUAAUUUUUCAUAGACAUGCUGCUUACUUUUGUCCAAAGAAAUACGUGGUAUUGAAACUGUAGUUGAUUAAUUAUCAAGCGUUGACCAAUCUUAUGGUUCGUUGAUUUUUGAA